GUCUACGCCUAGUGCUUGCACUGGCAGGGUCCAAUGCUUCGCACCUCAACCAAAUACACACGAUCAAACCCGGAACCGACAACACUCAUCUUCUCUACGCUCAAGCCGGAGAAACUCCGGUUUUCCGACCGCCUCGACUUCGCAGGACGAAAAUACCCAUGCAUUGCAUCGCAUAAAACCUCGGAAGGCGAGGGAACAGCGGCGUUACUCAUGUACGACUACGUUCAAUACAACUGGUUGCCGUUUCCUCCCCACACGAAAGGCUUUCUCUAUUUCCAUCGGCCUCCCGACGUGCCGUGCUCCGCCUGGGGAAUCCGUUUUCGCAUCUGCUCAGAGCCUGCCGGGUUUCAUGCUGGCCACGAUCUCCUCAACUUCAACCAGACACCGUGGCAUCUGACCCUGGGGUCGAUAGGGAGAUCGUAUCCGCUGCUAUGCGAGCUUCUCCUGCGCGAGAAGCUUGUGACCCAGGCGGACGUGCAGCAGUCCAUGGCCUUGUUUCCGCAGGUCUCGAAGAAGACACCGGCUGAGAACGUGCUGUACAGCUUCGACCAGCUUUUCCCGCUCUCCUUUCGCUCCUCGACGCGCUUGCAUGUCGUACUUGAGGGCCAUAGGCACCAGAUGGUAUUGCGCAUGUUUCGGGACCAGCGGCUCAGGUCCAACAGGGGGUCUUUUGACUCUCAGCCGUACUCUGGAUCUGCCCUGGCGAAAUUCGAGCACCAAGUAUUCGAGGGCAAGAAUACCGCCGUGGUCCGUCUGGUCAAACUCAUCGACCCUCCCAAAUUGCGAUUCCCCGCUUACGAUGGGCACGUCAAGCUUCCUGAGGAGGGCAGUCUUGUCCAUGUAGCCUCACGCUCUGCGAAGGGAGGAUGGUCGCCCUGGCGGAGAAAUCUGGCAUCUGAGCGAUUCAGGCCUCUCCGCUUGCUGUGGGAAAAGCUUGGGAUGCGAAAGCCAGUGUUAUAGUCGCUAUCGUUGUCGAAAACUUUCUUUGGCACGCAAGAUUUCAAGGUAAAAGUAUAGGAUGUACAUUAGAAGGCGUUGAAUAGUACGACGUAAUCUGGCGAUUCGCUCACUUGGGGAGCCCCAGUCGACAAGAUGUACGAUUAUGGCCUACUUGGCCGCACAAGCCACAGCAUCCCUUGGCUCUGGGUCGUGGCGGAGGCUGGGGUGGUUUCGGUGUUUCGGGAAGUGGACACGUUUUCCGGUUGUGGCCUCGUUGUCGGCAAUUCGUACAUCGGUCUGUUUUGGUGUGUUGGGGCUGCAAUUGGGCGGCGGGGGCGAGCCGUGACUACUACCGGCCUGCAAUCAGUGGGCCGUGGAGGAGGGCGGUGGUGUGCACAAGAGCUGGCUGAUUUUCAUAGCGGUUUGGGGCUCAAAUUGACCAACGCCGUUAUAAAAGCACCGUUGCAUGCACAUCUGAAUUCUCCGCGAACUUUGAUCGAAGGCAAUUACAGUGAGGCGAGGCCGAAAGUGUUGGAAGGCGAAACUUUUUGGGUGUUUGACGGACAUUUUACCACACGCAAGUAGAGCCACGCCCAAAGUAUAAAUCCAGUUGAACGCGUUGAUGUGUCACAAGAAUUCAGAAGAUCAGCGAGGAGUAAGUAAGCUGGUCGCGAGUUUUCUUAUUCGAGUGCGUCUCAGGGUUGCCGGACAGGUGAACCGCACGGAGAAAAAGGUUAAAACAAACCGCCACGGCCCACGGCACAAGUCCCGUGUUCAUCAUUCUAGUUUUGGAGACCUGUCAUCAAUUAAUUAGCCGGGUCGCGUUCCCUCUCUGGCCCCACACACCAAAACAUGAACGGACUGUUUCCAAUUGCGGGAUCGAACGAUCUAGUUCCCAGGGAGCGGUCCCGGCACCAAAACAAA